AUGGACCUUGUUUCAGCGCCCAGCGGGGAUGAUUCCUCGUUGAAGGAUCCGGUGGUCCAGGUGGAAGCCGUUGAUAUGGCCUCCGCAGUAUCAAAGACCGGCACCGCAACGGAGAAUACAGCCGCUGCGAAGGAAGAAGUGACUCAGUCGGAGUAUGAGACCGAUAGCGACGGCUCCGGCGACGAGUGGGAGACUCAGUCUCUAUACGAAGACGCUAUCCAAGUCCUACGCGACGAUCAGCUCCGUGAGGGUGUACCGGAUGCCUGCACGUUGGAAGAGGCCGUCGCCUAUAGGAAACGACUCCAUGAGGUUGGCAAGGCUGCAUUUGUGGAAGAAACGCUGGGUCAGGACAAAGUGACUGCGCGGAAGCUGUGUACUGCGUUCGGCAUCUUGCCCCCAGCCUUUCUAGACGAUGCGCCGGACGAGGCCUUUCAUCCUCUCCUGGCUAUCGCGAUUUCGCGCGAGUUCUCCAGGCGCCCGAAGCUCCCACAGUAUAAUACAAUUGAUGAUGCGGUCAAGUUGCUCAAGGAGAGCAAGAAUAUCGUCGUCUUAACUGGCGCUGGUAUUUCUACGAGUCUCGGAAUCCCCGAUUUCCGUUCAAAGGACACUGGUCUCUAUUCACAGUUGGCGCAUCUAGGCCUGAGCGAUCCUCAGGAGGUGUUUGACAUUCAGGUGUUUCGCGAGGAUCCCAGUAUCUUCUUCUCGAUCGCGAAGGACAUUCUUCCUACCGAGAAGAAGUUCUCGCCGACCCACGCUUUCAUCCGUGUUCUGCAGGAUAAGGGGAAAUUAUUGACCAACUAUACUCAGAAUAUCGACAAUAUCGAGGCGAAUGCCGGUGUUCUCCCAGAGAACAUCGUGCAAUGUCACGGAUCCUUCGCCACGGCUACGUGUGUCAAAUGUCAGUACAAGGUCAAGGGGGAUGAGAUAUUCGAUGAGAUCAAGCAGGGAGUUAUCCCUCAGUGUGACGCUUGCCGCAAGCGCAUCGCAGAAGAUUCGGGGAUCAAGAGGAAGCGGAGCAGCAACGGAGUCCACAAGAACCGCAAGGACAAUGAUGGGGACAGCACUGAUGACGACUACGAAAUACCUACCCCUGGUGUCAUGAAGCCCGACAUUACAUUCUUUGGGGAAGAUCUUCCUGAUGAGUUUGGUCGCCGGUUGCUACACCAUGACCGUGAUCAGGUGGACCUCGUUAUUGUUAUUGGGACUUCAUUGAAGGUCGCUCCUGUAGCGGAGGUUCCGGGCGUGCUGCCUCGAACGGUUCCUCAGCUUUAUAUCUCACGUACCCCUGUGUCGCAUACGGAAUUCGAUAUCGAUCUACUGGGCGACUGCGACGUGGUGGUGUCUGAGCUCUGUCGUCGAGCAGGAUGGGAACUGAAGCAUGAGAUGAUUCCCGAAGACGAGAAGGUUGAAGUGCUUCCAGUGGAGGGUUACGAGUCACGACAUGUGUUUAAGGUUGUCGGCGCAUAG